CCCACCAUGGCUGACACGGGCUGGCCAGGCUGUGCAAAGAGUUUGAAAGGUGUCAUUUUAGACUUGUGUGGAGUUUUGUAUGACAGCGGAGAAGGCGACGGAGUUGCCAUUUCUGCCUCGGUGGAAGCUGUGAAUAGGCUGAAAGCUUCCGAUCUGCAGCUGCGCUUCUGCACCAAUGAGACGCAGGCGACCAGAGAGAAGUUUGUAGCCAAACUCAGGAGGCUGGGUUUUGACAUUUCUGUGUCUGAGGUCUUCCCUCCUGCGCCUGCAGCCAUUGCUGUUCUCAGGGAGAGAGGUCUACGUCCCCACCUGCUGGUCCAUGACGGUCUUCUUCCAGAGUUUGACGGUGUCGACAAGUCCAACCCAAACUGCGUGAUCAUCGGAGACGCAGCUGAAAAUUUCUCCUACCAGAACUUGAACGAGGCUUUUAGAGUCCUUAUAGGCCUGGAGAAGCCAGUGCUGUUCGCUCUUGGACAAGGGAGGUAUUAUAAGGAGACAGAUGGGCUGAAAUUAGACGUCGGUGUUUACAUGAAGGCUCUUGAGUAUGCUUGUGAUUUAAAGGCUGAAGUAAUCGGCAAGCCAUCCCCGACUUUCUUCCAGAGUGUUCUGAAUGACAUGGGGCUUAAACCAGAUGAGGCUCUGAUGAUCGGGGAUGAUCUGGUAAAUGAUGUAGGAGGAGCCCAGUUUUGUGGGAUGAAAGGUGUUCAAGUCAGAACUGGUAAAUACAGACCGACUGAUGAGAGGCACCCGACGGUGACUGCUGAUGGCACUGUGGACAACCUCGCUCAGGCUGUGGAUGUGAUUCUUCGUCAGAGGGGGCACUGAAUAAAAAAGAACCAGACCCAGAGGACUUUCCUUUUCCUGACCCCAGUGGGGUACAGGCUCAGUAGAAUCAAUAUGUAGCUUGUUAAAGCACUGGUUUGUAUAGGGAGAUGGCUCGUAGAGGUAACUGCACAAAUAACGUCCAAACAUGGCGAAAGAUCAGCCACCUGCUGCCCUACAUAGUGUCGAACUAACUGUAAGGAAAUAUACUCUGGAGAGCUGUGAAUGCUUUAGAGCUGCACUCUGCAUUUGUCAGUACAUGAUUGGCAUAGAUGGGCUACCUCAAACUGACACGAAUGUGCCUGUAACCAGCUGCUGAUUGACAGUUGGAUGAGGAAAGUAACGCAGCGUUCAGACUCUCUGCUCGUGUUGCAGAGAGCCAUUGUGAGUGUGUACUUACAGCCACACUGUAUGUGCGAGAUUGUGCACAAAUGUAGUGGCCCUGCUGUAAUUUGAGCUCAGGUAUUUUGAAGCAGGAUUCUGUGGAAAGGCGAUGAGCAGUUAAUAUCUUACCUGUUGUAGAUGGCUCUAUGAUUGACCUCCGUCUGGAGAAGCAGAGUUUUAAAGCACAUUUUAAGACAAUUAUUAAAAAUAAAAAUAGAGGUUCUCUUUAAAGUAGCUGACAACCUAUUAAAAUAUAAGCUAACGCAUAAAACAAGCAUAAAUAAAUAAAAAAAUCAGCAACAUAGUGCACUUAUAAUGUGUAGGGCCUUAUUGAAUCAGUAUUUUUUUUCUCUAAAUUUAGUUUUUAUUUUUCAGUGUCAUGCUUUACUAUCAAAUCACAUUUAUUUCACCUAAAAAUAAUGCCUUUUUAAGGUUAAUUACAAUUUCAAUAUUUAAAAGGAAAAUAAUGAUUUUUAUCCAUGAUGAAUUUGAACAAUAAUACCAUAAUAUUCAAGUUCAAAAACCAAUGAAAAAGCCCCAUUUGGGCCUGCUGCAGCUUAUUCAAGAGGCAAAACAAGAUGAAAAUAUAUUACAAAAGAGAGCUAAAUACUAUUAAUAAUCAUUGUAUUCCGUCAGUUAUGCUGUUUUGUGAUUAUUUGGAGCAAAAGUCAAAAUUAAAACUACAAAUUUUAAUAAUUUCACAGUCCUAGCAGCCAUCCAUUUUGCUCAAACAUGCCAUUAGCUCACCAGUACAAUAAACUAUUUUUUGUUGUUUUUCCCCCCAAACUGAGGUCCUUCAAUGAGCUAUCUGCAGCAGGUAAGAUAUUASUCUUCAUAAUAUUCCCACAUAACCCUUAGUCCUAACAAACUGAACUAUUUAUUUAUUAAUUGUGAUUUAGUGAAACUAAAUUUGUUUUUCUUUUGAAUGCAAAUAAUUCUCACCCUUGAAGUGUUUUACAACGAUGUUUGAUUCUAAUAAAGCUGCUUGAUUAGUCUGUAA